AUGCCGGCCUUCACCGAGGAGGAGGAGAGGAACCCCACCGAGGAGUUCAUCGCGUACAAGUUCAAGACACAGUGGUGCCCAAUCGGCGGGCCCCACGACUGGGAGAACUGCGUGUACGCGCACACGUGCCGCGACCUCCGGCGGUCACCAGAGAUCGGCUACUCCUCGUGGCCCUGCCAGAGCUGGGCCGAGAGCGUGGCGAGCGGCUCCCCAGAGGUGUCCUACAAGGCCCGCUGUGAGCUCGGAGUGGCGUGCCCGCACGCGCACGGGGCGAAGGAACAGCUCUACCACCCGCUCUUCUACAAGACGGGCCCCUGCAUCGACAAGGGCUGCAAGAGGGGCGUGUUCUGCGCCUUCACCCACGGCGACCACGAGGCGCGGGCGAAGACGCCCUCGGAGAGGCCGACGACCUCUUCCACGGCGGCGCCCCUGCCGGACGCGGAGGCGGAGCUGCUCCGCCACCAGCCCAGCUUCUGGAAGCCCCCGCAGUACCACGCGUUCGAGGACCAGGGCGGCGCGCGGGCGGCCGCACCCCGCAGGCCCGGCGGCGGCGGCCGCGCCGCGCCGCCGCAGGCGCCGCCACAGGGGCAGCAGCCCAUGGACGGCCAUGGCGGGCGCAGGACCGCACGGCGUGCCAGGUGA